AUGGAAUCUUUGGAAGCUGAUCUUGAAGCUCUUAAGGAAGACAAGAGGGGUACAAAAAAAAUGCUACAACAAGUCACCCAACAACUAGCAGAUUUGAUGACACGCCUACCACAUGAACCUCCAUCGGAGUAGUCCCAGAGACAACCAGAACCACACUCACUCCAAAAUCCGGAGCAAAGGGAGGGUAUUUAUAAGCCCAACUGCCAGACUGAGCUUCCAAAUUUCACUGGCGAUAAUCCAAAUGGAUGGUUACCAUGGGCUGAGAGGUAUUUUCGUAUUAGCCAAUGCCAAAACAUGAUCGUUUAGAAGUAAUAAUGCUGAGCAUGGAGGGUGAUGCCCUAGAUUGGUAUCUGUGGAUGAAAGAUUGCUUUCCAUUCCGUGAUUGGUAUGAUUUUAAAAUCCUAGUGAUCGAUUUGGUUCAUCAGCAGCUAACAACACGUAUCAGAAACUUUUGAACAUGAAACAAGAGAGUUCCAUGUUGGAAUAUAAGGUAGAGUUUGAAUGACUCUCAACCUAUCUUCCGAACAUACCAACAUAAAUACUAGAGCAUACCUAUUUGAAAAGACUCAAGCUUGAGAUCCAAUCAGAAUUAUCUAUGUCCAAGCCUAUUGGGUUACGUGAAAUUAUGAAUACUUCAGUGUAGGCCGAAGCUCAUAUCCGUACUCUAUGGCAAGCAUGGAAGCAAGAACAACCACGACCACCCAAACAUGUCAUAGCUGCUUAUGCUCCACACCAAGAAAGGCCUCCUCUGAUAUCUAAUUUCAGAAAUGAGCAAUCUAAUUUGGAGAAAACCCAAGUGACCACAGCUAGUGCCUCAAGUAAAGAUAAGACGUUCACAUAUACUCCACAAAAUAUGAGCAAUAACAGGGGAAAUAGAAGAUAGAUAUAAUUGACAGAAGCUAAACUACAAGAAAGAUGGAACAAAGGACUAUGUUUCUAUUGUAAUGACAAGUUUGGACCAGGCCACAGAUCCAGGUAGGACCUUAAUUUACUUAUUGUCUAGGAGGAGGAAAAGUCCCAAAAAGACUUCCAAGAGGAAGAUUAGGCUCCACUAGAGCAUUGCUCACAAGAGGAAGGUAUAUUCACAGCCCAUGUCUCAUUAAAUUCCGUCAUGAGAUUGACUCAGCAUCGGAUUAUGAAGGUAAAAGGCAUCGUGCAAGAUAAACAGGUAACCAUUCUUCUUAUAGACACUGGUGCUACCCAUAAUUUCGUCUGUAAUAAGCUGCGGGAAGAGCUAUCCUUAUAUGUCAACGAAUUCUAUAGCUAUGGUGUUGUGAUGGGCAAUGGGCAUACCGUGCAAGGUCAUGGGAUAUGCCAUAACAUUCCACUCAAAAUCCAUGAUCUCCUCCUUAUUCAAGAUUUUCAUCCCUUGAUCUAAGUAGCACAAAUGUCAUACUAGGAAUAUAGUGGCAUAAAACACUAGGGUGGAUACAUUCACACUAUGGGCAAUUAAUCAUGAAAUUUAUGCUGAACAACACGAUCUACACCAUUCAUGGGGAUGCAAGUUUUAAACAAAACAACAAUAUCUUUCAAAGCAAUAGAAUGUGAAUUAAAAAGAAGCCACAUAUGUCCACUAGAAUUACACCAAUUGUUAGGUACCGCACUGGAUUUUAGUUCCCCACUAAAAUAGUCAUAGAUAGUGGUCAGACUACAGAAAUGGUUCCCACAAGUCUUUGAAGUUUUGUCAAGGUUUCAUCUAUAAAGAACAAUUGAUCAUGCCAUCAAUUUAUUACCGUGUACUCAGCAUAUUAAUCUACACCCAUACAGGUACACAUAAUUUUAGAAGGAUGAAAUAGAACGGCUUGUCCAUGAACUAUGUAUUGUAGGCAUCAUUCAACCUUCUAAAAGUCCAUUUGCUAGUCACAUACUACUUGUAAAAAAAAAGGAUGACAACUGGCGAUUCUAUAUUGAUUACAGGGCCUUAAAUAAAUCCACGAUUCCAAAUAUGUUCCCUAUUCCUAUUGUUGAUGAGUUGUUGGAAGAGCAGCAUGGACUGUCAUUUUUUUCUAAACUAGAUUUGAAGUCUGGUUACUAUCAAAUCCGUAUGAAACAAAAAGACAUCCAGAAAACCGUUUUCAAGACUCAUGAGGGUCAUUACGAAUUUAAGGUUAUGCCAUUCGGGCUCUCUAAUGCCCAAACCACAGUUCAAUACUUAAUGAAUGAUAUAUUUCGACUUUAUAUAUGGAAAUUCGUAUUGAUAUUUUUUGAUGAUAUCUUAGUAUUUAGCAAGACUCAUCAAGAACAUGAUGAGCAUUUGGAUAAUGUCCUAUUCUUGCAGCUAAUAGCCUUUAUGUCAAUGAAAAAAAUGUCAAUUCAAGCAAUCUCAAUUGGAAUACCUCGGCCACUGGAUUUCUACAGACGGAGUAUCUACAAAUCAAGGAAAAAUUGCAGCAAUAUGAGACUGGCCUACUCCUGCGAAUUUGAAAGCAUUACAAGGAUUCUUAGGAGUGACUGGCUAUUAUCGUUGGUUUGUCAAAUGUUAUGCCACUUUAUCAUGGCCCCUAACUAGAUUGCUCAAGAAAAAUUAUUUUCAUUAGGACUCUGAUGCUCAAGAAGCUUUCUAUAAACUAAAGUUGGCGAUGACUUCCACAUCAGUUUCGGCCCUGCCUAAUUUCUCUCAAAAAUUCUUAGUUGAGACAUAUGCUUUAGGGCACGGCAUAGGUGCAGUAUUGAUGCAGGAAGGACAACCAGUAGCUUAUUUCAAUCAUGCCUUCAAGGAACACUCUUGUCUAAAGUCAACCUAAGAAAGAGAACUCAUUGCCAUUGUGACGGCAAUUUAGAAAUGAAAGCAUUAUCUCAUGCUCCACCCUUUCAUCAUUCGGACAAACCAAUAUAGUUUGAAAUUCAUAUUUGACCAAAAAGAAAUUCACUCAACAUAUCACAAAUGGGUCACUAAUCUAAUGAGAUUUAAUUUCAAAUACAAUAUAAGGAAGGCAAGAAGAAUGCAGUUGUAAAUACACUAUCUAGAGCACCACAAUUGGGAGAGGCAGGGUGGCACCCAUGUGCAUUGCACAAGGAGUGGAUGUAACCACAAUCAACAAAGAAGUGAAAGAUGACUCACAAUUGUCCAAAAUCAAAAUCACAAAUAGAAGGCUCAACUUCUUUUCCACAUUACUCAAUUCAACAAGGGUCACUUCUCUACAAAGGUCGACUGGUGUUACCUCUUAUAUUUACUCUUCUCUCCACAUUACUACGUGAAUUUCAUGACAGCCCAUUAGGAGGUAAUGUUGGAUUUUUAUAAAACCUACUGACGAAUUACUCAGCACGUCCAUUGGCCUGGCAUGAAGAAAAAGAUCAAACAGCAUAUUAAUGAAUACAUUAUCUGUCAAUUGAAUAAGGCUUCGACCUUGUCACCAAUAGGACUUUUGCAGCCCUUGCCUAUUCCAAAUAUGAUCUGGGAAGACCUCUCCAUGAAUUUUAUAGAGAGUCUACCUAAAUCCAAAGGCAAUGACUCCAUUCUCGUCAGAGUAGACAAAUUCAGCAAAUUUUGACACUUUAUACCCCUCAAACAUCCAUUCACAGCCAAAGACAUUGUCCAGAUCUUUGCAAAAUAAAUCAUCAAGCUGCAUGGCAUUCCAAGAUCUAUUGUGACUCAUAGAGGGACUGUAUUUACCAGCACUUUUUAGAAAUCACUCAACAAAUUUCAAGGCACAGAAUUGAAAAUGAGUUCUUCCUAUCACCCAUAAACAAAUGAGCAAACAUAGGUGGUGAACCGAAGCUUAGAGAAUUAUCUCUCAUGCUUUACUUAUGAUAAACCUAAGUUAUGUAGUGACUGGUUACAUUGAGCUGAACUUAGUUACAACACUUCUCAUCAUUCUGCCAUCAAGAUGACCCCUUUAAAGCAGUGUAUGGAUGGGACCCUCCCACACUUACAUUAUGGAUCUCCUAUGUCAACAACUAAUGCAGUUGACACUUAUCUAAAAGAAAGAGAUGGUACACUUCAACUUCUCAAGGAACAUCUCUUGGCCACAUAGUCCAAGAUGAAAGCACAAGCUGAAAAACAUUGAAGAGACAUAGAGUUUCAAGUGAGAGACUUGAUUUAUAUCAAGCUCUGACCUUAUCGUAUGAAAUCAUUAGCCAAGAAAGCUAAUGAAAAACUGAAUCCCAAAUUUUUUGGCCCUUGCCCUAUCAAGGAGCGCGUUGGCCAGAUGACAUAAAAUUAGAACUUCCCAACUCCAUAACUAUUCACCCAAUUUUUCUCAUUUCUCAACUUCGCAAAGCACUAGGGAAUUCUGCUUACUGUCAACCAAUUCCAAGCAUACUGACUGAUGCUUUGGAAUGGAAUGUGACCCCCCAAGAUAUCCUCACCAUUUGAAAUUCCUCUUUUGACACAGAAGUCUUGGUCAAAUGGGCUGAUCUCCCUAAUUUUGAAGCUACGUGGGAACUAGCUUCACACCUCCACCAGCAAUUUUCAGACUUCCACCUUGAGGACAAGGUGAAGCUCAUGGGGGGGAGUAUUGAUAAGGCUCCACGCACAUAUGCUAGAAGGAAGAAGGCCCAAAGCCCAAUGAGUCAAUGA